AUGCAGCCACAGAAGAUUACUCGAUGCACUAAAUUUUAUAAUAAAUAUGGUGCUAUAUUCGAGCAAGGAACAGAUGAAGUGCAAUCAGCAUUUAAAUUUGCCAUGUUAAACCACAAUCUAAAUGUUACUGGAAGACGCUUCGAGCUCCAGGCGUAUGUUGAUCUUAUAAGCACAGCUGACGCUUUUAAACUAUCAAGACUAAUAUGUAAUCAAUUUUCCCGCGGCGUAUUCGCAAUGAUGGGUGCAGUCUCCCCAGACUCUUUUGAUACACUCCAUUCCUAUAGUAAUACAUUUCAAAUGCCAUUCGUAACGCCAUGGUUUCCAGAGAAGGUUCUGACGCCAUCGUCCGGUUUUCUUGAUUUCGCAAUAUCAAUGCGGCCCCAAUAUCAUCAAGCAAUUAUUGAUACAAUACGUUGGUAUGGAUGGGAUAAAAUCAUUUAUUUGUAUGAUUCACAUGAUGGUGAGUAA